AUGGGUGAAAGCCUGGACUUCAAGUGCCACCUGGGCGAAACGCACGGAGAGCUCUUCCAGAGCACUACCCACCCGAAACGCCUGCGGAGGAGAAGCCGCGGAGGCAGAGGCUCCACAGCCCCACCGCGGACGCCAGGGCAGGCACGGAGCGCCCGCCUCCGGCGCGGAGGCCGCCGCGGGCACCGCGAGGCCCGGUUCCAGGCUUGGCGAAGCAGAGCAGGUCUCCCCGCGAGGCUCUACCAUUCUGAGCUUGGUCCAAUGUUGUCCCUAACAGUGGACCCAGAUGGAUUAUCUUUUUUCGUUUCAGUGAAAAACUUGGAAACUGGCAGAAGUACCCCUGGAGCAAAGAUGUUUUUUGGACAUGAAAUAGUCAAUGUGGAAUUGCUGGAUGAACCAGGUUCAGGGAAGGGAACUGCAACACUCUCAAAGUGUGCAUCAGCCCUUGAAGGGAACACAGAAGAAGACAUGAGCAGAUGGGCAUGUUGUGACCCAUGGAGUUCUCCAUGCAUUUCCCUAGAGAGCCAGCUGAGAGCCUGGAAUAGUUUAAAAAACUGUCUUUCAGGGAAGGAAGGGGAAGAGCAUGUGGACUACACAGUUGUUGAUUGCUUUCAGCAGAAGUUUGGCUCAGCAGUGCUGCAUCUAAAACAGCAGUCCGUUGUCAGUGUAGUAGCAGAAGGUGUUCAUCUGUGCCGUCAUGGAAGACUUGCGUGGCUUCAGAUAGCAACAAAGAGCCAGAUUUUCCUGUUUGAUAUUUUCCUUCUGGGACCUCAGGCUUUCAAAAAUGGAUUACAAAUGGUGCUAGAAGAUAGAAACAUUUUGAAGGUCAUACACGACUGUCGCUGGAUCUCAGACUGCCUCUCUCACCAGUAUGGAGUCCUUCUCUCCAAUGUCUUUGAUACACAGGUUGCUGAUGUCCUGCAGUUUUCAAUGGCAACGGGUGGCUUUCUUCCACACUGCAUCUGCACCUUACAGGAGUGUUUGAUGCAGCACUUAGCCAUAUCUUCCAGAUCAGCUGCCCUCAUGAAGGGCAGGGAGCAGAUGGCUUGGGAGAAUCCUGAUAUAUGGUUCCUGAGGCCCUGUCCACCUUCUCUGCUUAAAACACUUGCUCUCAAGGCCAUGUACCUUCUGCAACUUCGCUCAUCUCUGAUGGAUAAGUUGAUGUCUGACCUAACAGCCGUGGUGGAUGAUUACAUUAAUGCUUUUCGGGACAAGUCAGGAGAUUGCCUUGGAAGCACAAAGCCCACUUGCAUGGAGCUGCCAGAGGAGCUGCUUCAGCUGACAGACUUACAGAGGCUACGGAGGAAGAAAGCAAUGGAAGACUACAAGAUAAACAAGAAUGGUCUUUUGAUCAGACCAGCCAUGAAACUAGAAGAGAAAAAAGAUGCACAGAAGGAUGGAAGCCACAAAGAUGAUAGGGACUACUUUCUCACAAAGAGAGAGCCAUCUCAAACUACAUCCUUCUAUGAUCUGGAUCGAUUUUGUCAAGGAAAACAUGAAAAUCAAAAUCACAAUGGUAAAUUUGAGAACCUUGACUCAACGUUCUUUUGA